AGCAAGAAGCAGGGGUUGUUUCCACGCCCCUAGGGACGCAGCCGGAAGAGCGAGGCUGGCACCCCAGGGAGGUACCUGCGCCACCCAGGACCGACGUGAACCCCGGGACACAGGUGGCUCGGGCCUCCCAGACACCUGGCUGGAGGUGUGAUCCUCGGCGUGGCCCUGUGGCUCCGCCAUGACCCGCAGACCACCAACCUCCUCUACCUGGAGCUCGGAGACCGGCCUGCACCCAACACCUUCUACGUGGGAAUCUACAUCCUCAUCGCUGUGGGCGCCGUGAUGAUGUUUGUGGGGUUCCUGGGCUGCUAUGGGGCCAUCCAGGAGUCGCAGUGCCUGCUAGGAACGUUCUUCACCUGCCUGGUGAUCCUGUUUGCCUGUGAAGUGGCUGCCGGCAUCUGGGGCUUUGUCAACAAGGACCAGAUCGCCAAGGACGUGAAACAGUUUUACGACCAGGCCCUGCAGCAAGCCGUGCUGGACGAUGAUGCCAGCAACGCCAAGGCCGUGGUGAAGACCUUCCAUGAGACGUUGAACUGCUGUGGUUCCAGUGCAUUGUCCACGCUGGCCACCUCGCUGGCCAAGAAUAGCCUGUGUCCCUCAGGCAGCACCGUCCUCAGCAACCUCUUCAAGGAAGACUGCCACCAGAAGAUCGAUGAGCUCUUUUCUGGGAAGCUGUACCUGAUCGGUAUUGCGGCCAUUGUGGUUGCUGUCAUCAUGAUCUUCGAGAUGAUCCUGAGCAUGGUCCUGUGCUGCGGCAUCCGCAACAGCUCCGUGUACUGAGGCCGGAGGCGGGCCCGCCCCCGUGUACAUAGCGCCCCUGUAUUACUCUGUGCACUUCGCCCCUUUGUUUCCCAGGUGUCCUUGUUCCUUUCCGGGGCUGGCGGCCCUUGGCGGAUGACG